CUGUGUAGUUUCUCCAGCUGAGAGGAUUCGGUUCAUUCUGGGAGAGGAGGAUGACGGCCCGCCGCCCCCGCAGCUCUUCACAGAGCUGGACGAGCUCCUGUCUGUGGACGGUCAGGAGCUGGAAUGGAAAGAAACGGCCAGGUGGAUUAAGUUUGAGGAGAAGGUGGAGAAAGGCGGAGAGCGUUGGAGCAAGCCUCAUGUUGCCACGCUGUCCUUACACAGCUUGAUGGAGCUCAAAACAUACAUUGAGAAGGGGACAAUCCUGCUAGACAUGGAGGCAUCCACACUGCAACAAGUUGUCGAGAUGAUCACCGACAGCCAGAUUGAGACUGGUCAGCUGAAGGCAGACCUAAAGGAGAAGGUCGUGUACACGCUGUUACGAAAGCAUCGCCACCAGACCAAGAAGUCCAACCUGCGCUCUCUUGCCGACAUCGGCAAGAGCGUUUCCAGCGCAAGCCGGCUGUUUUCAAAUCAGGAAAAUGGUAGCCCUACCACGACCCACCGGAACCUCACCUCCAACAGCCUGAGCGAUUUCUCUGAUAAACCAGAAAAGGAUCAGCUGAAGAAUAAGUUCAUGAAAAAGUUGCCUCGCGAUGCCGAGGCAUCAAACGUGCUGGUCGGAGAGGUGGACUUCCUGGAAACCCCGUUUGUUGCUUUUGUCCGUCUGCAGCAGGCCGUUAUGCUGGGAGCGCUUACUGAAGUCCCCGUGCCCACGAGAUUUAUGUUUGUACUGUUGGGACCUAAAGGAAAGUCCAAGUCUUACCGAGAGAUCGGAAGAGCAAUCGCUACCCUGAUGUCCGAUGAGGUGUUUCACGACAUCGCCUACAAAGCGAAAGGCAGGAAGGACCUGCUGGCUGGAAUCGAUGAGUUCCUGGACGAAGUGAUCGUCCUUCCUCCUGGCGAGUGGGACCCCGACAUCAGAAUCGAGCCGCCCAAGUCCCUUCCCUCCUCAGACAAAAGAAAGAACAUGUACGCCGGAGGAGAGGCUCCUCAGAUGAACGGGGACACCCCCCAUGAUACGGGACACGGAGGCGGAGGAGGAGGAGGAGGGCACCAAGUGGGAGAGGAGCUGCAGUGCACAAAAAAGUUUUGCGGAGGUCUUAUCCUGGACGUGAAGCGAAAGCUGCCGUUUUUCGCCAGCGACUUCUGCGACGCCCUCCACAUUCAGUCUCUGUCUGCCAUCCUGUUCAUCUAUCUGGGCACGGUCACCAACGCAAUCACGUUCGGAGGUUUGCUUGGAGACGCUACAGACAACAUGCAGGGAGUACUGGAAAGUUUCCUCGGUACGGCGCUGUCAGGAGCAGUGUUCUGCCUGCUAGCUGGUCAGCCCCUGACUAUCCUCAGUAGCACGGGCCCGGUGCUUGUGUUCGAAAGACUUCUCUUCAAUUUCAGCAAAGACAAUAGUUUCGACUACCUCGAGUUUCGGCUGUGGAUCGGCCUGUGGUCUGGUUUGUUCUGCUUGGUGCUGGUCGCCACGGAUGCAAGCUUCCUGGUGCAGUACUUCACACGCUUCACAGAGGAAGGCUUCUCUGCGCUUAUUAGCUUCAUUUUCAUCUAUGACGCAUUCAAGAAGAUGAUAAAGCUGGCCCAGCACAACCCCAUCAACUCGGAGUUCGAUCACAACCUCAUCACUCAGUACGACUGCCGCUGUGUACCGGGUAAUUCAUCAACACUCUUUGAUACUUCUGCCUGGACAAACCGUACUGAUCUGCAGGAGAACGCCACCUGGGCGUCCCUGACCCAGCAUCAGUGUAAGGAGUUUGGAGGGCUGCUGGUCGGAAAGGCCUGUGACUAUGUGCCUGACAUUACCCUGAUGUCCUUCAUCCUGUUCCUUGGGACCUACACCUGCUCCAUGGCUCUGAAGAAGUUCAAGACGAGUAGAUUCUUCCCCACAACAGUGAGGAAGCUCAUCAGUGACUUUGCCAUCAUCUUGACCAUUCUUCUCUUCUGUGGCAUUGACGCCUUGGUCGGUGUGGACACUCCAAAGCUCAUAGUGCCUAGUGAAUUUAAGCCCACAAGUCCAGCACGGGGCUGGUUUAUUCCUCCUUUUGGAGGAAACCCCUGGUGGGUGUACCUGGCUGCUGCACUUCCCGCCCUCUUGGUCACGAUUCUGAUCUUCAUGGAUCAGCAGAUCACUGCGGUGAUUGUGAACAGGAAAGAACACAAGCUAAAGAAAGGGGCCGGUUAUCACCUGGACCUGUUCUGGGUGGCCGUCUUGAUAAUUCUCUGCUCCUUCAUGGGGUUGCCAUGGUACGUAGCUGCUACCGUCAUCUCCAUCGCCCACAUUGACUCUCUGAAAAUGGAGACCCAGACCUCCGCCCCCGGAGAGCAGCCCAAGUUCCUGGGCGUCAGGGAACAAAGAGUCACUGGCAUCUUUGUGUUCCUCCUGACAGGACUCUCCGUCUUCAUGGCUCCUAUACUGAAGUUCAUCCCGAUGCCUGUUCUCUAUGGUGUGUUCCUCUAUAUGGGCGUGGCGUCUCUUAAUGGUGUCCAGUUCAUGGACCGUCUGCAGCUGCUCCUCAUGCCAGCCAAGCACCAGCCGGACCUCAUCUACUUGCGCCACGUUCCCCAGAGACGCAUCCACCUCUUCACCUUCAUCCAGGUCCUGUGCUUGGCUCUGCUCUGGAUCCUCAAGUCCACCGUAGCCGCCAUCAUUUUCCCCGUCAUGAUUUUGGCGUUGGUUGCCGUACGAAAGGCCAUGGACUACGUGUUCUCCCAGCACGACCUCAGCUACCUGGAUGACGUGAUCCCGGAGAAGGACAAGAAAAAGAAGGAGGACGAGAAGAAGAAGAAAAACAAGAAGAAGGGAAGCAUCGACAGUGAAAUUGACUACGAGAUUCGCCGCAAACUUUCCUUAACCCCCAUUCACCGUGCUGAACAGUACUUUGGCUCCCCCACUGUUUUCGGCUGCGGUUCACACGGCUCACCUCGGAUUAGGAUCGACCGGGAGGAUAACGGCUCCCUCGGCAGGAAGAGCUCUGAAACUGAACUGUGAAAGAAAACUGUACACAAACAGCACAACACUGCAAACGUCCUCUUUUUUUUUUUUUACUUUUAUUUUAUUACCACAGUGCCGAUCUGUAGCGGUUAUUUCUAUGACAGUUCACACGAGGAUUUCAAUCCAAAUAGCUGGAAGUAUUUCGUCUUAACACUUUUGGUGGUACUGAGUUUUCAGCGUCGUCGGCUGGAAAACAAGCAGAACGUCACCUGACUUCACUUUUGAAAGUAUGUGUUAUUAAUUAAUUUAUUAAACAUAACGUUUGUAGGCAUCAACAGAGGUCCUGGAAGCAAUAGCAAUUAUAUGAUUUGCUUAAGUCAGUUACUCUGUACAUACCAAUACCCAAAGUUUUAAAUUUUUUUAUUAUUAUUGUCAUGAAACACUCGCAUGCAAGUUUCUUGUUUUAGAAAGAAAUCUUCACCUGAACGUCGCUGGGAUCCAUGUCUUCCUUUUACAUGUUGCGAACAAAACGGCCUACACAAAGUCAUCUAUGCAAAAACCACAAGCCGACUUAUAAACAUUUUAACGGAUUUGUUCCAACAAAUUAAAAAAAAACAAAAUUAAAAAUAGCAGCUUCGUCUCAGUAUCAACACAGGUUUCAUCUUCAUUUUUAUUUUCCCCAGCCUCAUUUACCUUUUUCUAUAUAUUUAUUGUUGUAUUUAAACACACAGUAAAAUAGCUUGCUGGUUGGAUUUUAUGAAAGAGAUGGAAAUAGUUUUUGUUUUUUGUUUUUUUUCACUUUGUCUUCUCGGUGGUCUGCGUCCACUCAGCUGUCGUUUCCCUGUUUACAGAGUCCAGGAUGUUUGAAACCCUCACGUAGCUCUACCUCUUCUUCUCUUUAGGUGCCAGACAUGUUUGUUUUGUUCUUUUUUUAAUGAUUGAAAUGCGUCUAUUGUGCAAUGGUUUCUGAUCAAACACUAAUCUGAUUUAUUCCGUAUCUCCUCAAUUUGGCACUGUAUAAAUGUCAGAUUCAUUUUACGGCAUAUGAUUACUGUCAUUAUUGUUUUUUUUUAAUCAUUGUAAAAAGUGAAAUAGCAGAUAUGUGAAAGGGUAAAUCCACCUGAUUUAAAAAAACAAGAACAAUGUUUGCAUUUGAACUGAACAUGGCAUUAAUAUUAAUAUACGGCAACUCGUUCUUUUGAUGAUAUUUCAAACACUGAAGUCGAGGAGAAUAAAAGGAUUCAGCUCGUCUUAUGACUUCAGUGUGCUGCUGGUCCGCGAGACAAUCGAUUCUUUUAUUAGGUAGCUUUUAUUUUACAAUGUGAUCUUAUACAGAGGCUGAUGAUUUGAUUAAUAUUUAAUCUUUAAAUACUUUUUAGGUUGUAGUCUUUGUUUUGUUGUUUUUUUUUAAUAAUGCAAAUCCAAAUUCAGACCAGCUACUGCUUCAUUGUCUUUUGGAGUAAAAAGUCAGAAAAGAUGCAUACAGUGCUGCAAAAUGUGUUUGCCUACUUACAGAUUUUCUUUUUUUUUCUACGUUUUUGCUAUUUGGCCACAUAAAAAUGUAAAAGACCAUCUAAUGAAGUACACAAAGAAAAUCUCAGUGAGCAAAACCAGCAAUCUUCUGUCUUUUUCUCUUUUUUUCAUUUAUUGGAGAAAAACCUGCACAAAUCAGGCCAACAUUAUGUGGAAAUAAUCGAUCCCAUUGAAAUUCCUCGACGUCUUAGUAGAAAGUCUGGACUUCCACUGGGGGAGUGUUUCAGAUGUUUGCUGUCCUGCUGCAUAACCCAACUUUACUUGACCUGAAGGUCACAAACUGAUGAGCAGAAUUUCUGGUUUUGCGAAUCACUAAACGUUGUUCAGAUCUUGAAGUUGCAUUUUCCUUUUUUUUUUUAAAUGCUCUUAACAGCAGAAAUAUCUUCUAAGUUCCACUUUUGUUUCUUUCAGUUGCAGAAUAUUUCCCUAAAAGCCUUAGGGAUGAACAAAAUAGUUUUUGAAAAACAUGUGACAUUGCCCUUUCUGUUUUGUUUUUUUUGUUUGUUGUUGUUUUUUGCGAGUGAAUUCUCCCAUGGUGGCUGUUUUGACCCAAUCUCUUUCUUGUUUUUAAGUCAGGAACCCUGAGGCUUGACUUAGUUUAGGACUUGUUCUGUUUUUUCCCCCUGACUUAUUUGCUGAAUUUUUAACAAGCUGGAGUAUUAAAAAUGCAUCCAAAUCGCAGCUAAAUCAACCUUUUCACAUGGGGUUGGUUCCUCUUAAAUCUAGAUUGAUGAUCUGAAACAUGCGACUGAAAAGCCAAAACAAAAGAAAUACCUUAUUUUGGACAAAUGCUUGUUGCAGCACUGUAUUCCGAUUUUCAUUUAGUAAACACAUUUCCAAUGUUCCUGCUCAAUCAAGCUCAUCACCGGUACCAAACUGAUUUAUGCAAAUGAUUUUAUGUGUGUGUGUUAAUGCAUCCAAAUCAUUUGAGCUGUGUAAACAUAUUACUUCCAACAUUACAAUAUUCACAUGCGCACACUAUUUUGUCACUCAUUGGUCUUGCUAAACGGCUCUGAUUCAUCUCUUACAGUAUGUUUUUUUUUUUUUUUAUAAAUGUGAAUCUAAUGACUGUUAACAUUGCAUUUUUUUCUUCCUCCCAAUAAUCCAGCCCACCGGGUCUUCCUCUUUGUUUCCGUACUCUGUACAUCUUGAAACGCCGGCCUCUCUCAUUCUGCUUCCAUACCUGUUAUAUUUAUCGUCCUGUGACACUGAAACCAAUUUUCUACCACGCAUCGUAUGUGCUAAACUGUCAGGCUACUCCGAAGGAAUUAAAGUGUCAGUGUUUUUCUAUGAGAUAGUGUUUUAAAUGAGAGCAAUAAAACAAUCGGAAUGAUUCUUAAA